AUGUCUGGUCAUAACAUGGCCGCGCCUGGCUUCGGCCAGCACCACGAUCCCUUCGCCGAUCUCUCGAAAUACGAUGACGACAUGGACGCAUUGGAGUUUGAGGACGGAUACGAUGGGCUAGGUGACCAGCUCGACGAGACCGACGAUGCUCUCAAUGACGACACCUUUGGUGGUGACGAGGCCUUUGCCUCUGCUCCUGUUGGCAAAGAUUUUGACUUCUUUGGCGCCACCUCCAAGGUCACCAAUGCGAUGGAAGAGGAGCAUGCUCGCUUCACUCGCCAGCAGCCCACCUUCAAGGCCCCUGUUCAGCACGCUCCCAGCGCUGCCCCCGCCGGCUACGGCUAUGCCAGCCAUGCUUAUCCCCCCCAGAUCCGCCCGGCUCGCAGCGGCUAUGAGAAGUACCAGGAGCCCGAACCCGAGCUUAAGGUCGAUGCCUCCAUCUGGGGCACUGCGCCCAAGCAGACAGCCACGCCGACUGCCCAACCCGCACCCUCUGCGCCUUCUGCUCGCAAGUUCAUGAGCCUGGAGGAGGUGGAGGCAAGUCUGCGCGCUCAAGCUACGAGGCCCAUGGUCACCCAGCCUCCUCAAGCUCAGGUGCACGCUCAACAGCAGUUCCAGCAGCAGCAGCACUUUCGCCAGGAGCCCGAGAUCCAGCCGCCGCAAGCCCGUCAGCCCGCACAAGCCCAGACCGGUGGUCCUCAUGGCCACCCCAUCACCAUUCUGCAGCGCCCGUCAUCCAAGCAUGCCGCGCCUAAUGCGCCCAGCCCUCUGUCGCAACAGCACCAGCCUCAGCCGCAGUCGCAAUCGCCCUCCGUGGCACCUACGCAGAUCCUGCAGAACCCCAACCGAGCGUCUGGUGACUCUGGCCGCGUGCCCCAGCAACCCGCCCACAGGCACCAGAAGUCUCUCAACCAGCAAGUCCAAGCUAUGCAGCCUGGCCAAGUUGGAAACCUCUCUGAGCAGGACAAGGCGGCGUUCCUGGAGGCCGAGGUUCGUCGUGCUAAGCGAAACCACAAGAUCCAUAUGCUGUCGCGAGACAAUGGCCUGAUGACACCGCAUGACAAGAGCUUUAUCACCAGAAUCCAGCUCCAGCAGCUCGUAUCGGCAACUGGUGACCCCUCGGAAUACGGAACGGACGCUGCUCUCAACGAAGACUUUUACUACCAGGUUCAUAGCUCCCUUAAGGCCGCUCAACGACCAAACCCCAACGCGCCCCUCAACAACUUUGCCCAGACGUAUUUGUUCCAGACUGGUAACCGACAUGGUGGCAUGAGACGGCACGGCCGUGGACCUGAGAACCAUGUCCAGAGAAUGGAGCAGCAGGUUCAACGUGCUGUCGAGGCCGCCAAGAACAAGCCCAAGAACAAGCAACUUGUCAUUGAAGGCAGCUUGGGCAAGAUUUCCUUCAGCAAUGCAAAGACCCCCAAGCCUUUGUUGAACAUCAAGCGCACCGAGAGUGGUAGCGAUGCCAACCGACCGCCCAGUUCUCAGCGCCCCGUGAGCAUCAACGACCGCAAGGUAGCCCUUCGCGCCAUCGAGGAUGUCUACAUGAUCUUGAUGAAGAUGGAAGACCACGAGCGCACCAUGCCACCGCCUGGCGCCAACCCUACCCCGGAGGUACAGCAGCAGGUAGCCGAAUGGCACGCCGUGGCCGACAAGCUCAACAAUCAGCUAUGGGAUGCGCUCAAGAUCCAUGAGCAAGUUGGACCUAACCAGGUCCAUCCUUUCAUCACCUUUCUCUCGCACCCCAAAGGCAAGAAGGCCGUUCCCCGAGUUUUCCGCGUCCUGAGCCACGAGCAGAGAACUACAAUCCUCACGUUGAUCAUUGUUCAUCUGGAUCAGUUGGAUGUGGUGCAAGGCGCACAGGUUCAGUCUGGAGAACCUAUCAACCUCUCCGCUGGCACACGCGAGAGCAUCGAGUUGUUCUCCAUGGCUGUCAUGCCACAGCUAUUCAACCUCCUGGCUGACGCGGAACUUCAAAUCGUAACCGCCGUCCUCGGCAUAAUCAUUCAAAGACUCAACAUCGACACCAUUGCCCGCACUAGGAUCGGUAUAUCCAUGUUGACCAUGAUCCUCAGCCGUGCCGAGAUCAUCAAGCAAGCUGGCGUCGCCAAUGAACAACUCUGGCAACAGUGGGCUGCCACAUUCAACACCUUCUUCAACCACUUGGAGCCUACUCUUUCUUAUAUCUUCCCUGGUACCGUAACCUCAGGAGAGGAUAUCUACGUCUGGCAGUUCUUGGCGGCCAUCGGUAUCGGUGCUAGCCCGGAUGAACAGCAGCGUCUGGUCCUUGCCGUCAAGGACCGGGUCAUGGACACCGUGGCCAUGGCCAAGACUCUGCCUGCUGAUAUGGGCAAGCAGCGUCUCGACAACGUCAAUCUGUUCAUGCGCUCUAUCGGUCUUGACGUUGAGCUUCUGCAGUAG